AUGUGGCGGUGCAAAUGGAUUGAACUCAAGAUCAAAGAAAUUCAGAACCAAGCACAGAUAUACGACAAAGAACUCGAAGAAUCUUGCCAAGCCAAACAAUUGGAGUUAGAAAAUGUUAAAUCAGAAGAACUUGGAGUAAAGGCAGUACCCCCUCUCCCGUGCCAUUCUCAGAAAACCCAACUCAAGAAGAGGAAGAAGAGAAAGCGAGUCGAAGGUACCUCAGAUGUUGCAUCCUAUACGCUGAACCAUAAUCUUUUCUCAUACUACGAAUAUCGGAAAACUUUUGCCGAUAUUGCUCUCAAUGAUAACUCCCGCAACCUAGAUAAACGGAAUAAGAUCACUAAGGAUGAGACAGGUUUCUGUGACGAGACACCGCCUCUCGAGUUUAAAGAAGGCGAUGCAUUCUUGGAAAACAUACUCUUGAAGAUUGAAGCAGCGAAGUUAGAAGCCCGUAACUUGAAGAAACGGGUAGACAAGGUGGUGAAUGAAAAUCCAAGUAGAUUUUCUUUGGUUAACACAUUGAAUCUGCUUGGAUCUGCUGAUGUAUUCACCAGCGUAGAACAACAAAAUCCCCUAUUGGUUAUCAAAAAUGAAGAUGAGAGACCGGUCAUUUUUGAAGAAAAACCGGUUAAAUCUGCUUCAGUUUCAUCUCAUCACGACACACCACCUGAAGAUGAAGAGACAACAGAUAUUUUGUUGUCUGAAAUUGUGGCUUCAAGGCGAAGAGCAGGGAAAGCUAUUGUUCCCGAUAAGAAGGAACAAAAGUCAGAACAAACGUCGGUUAAGGAAGGUCCAUCAAGACCUGCAAGGAAACGAACACCGCGCAAUCUUGAGGUGGUGACGAACCCGAAGAGACCUAGAGUUUCAAGAGAGAAGCCAAAGUCAAAUGUGAUGGCUUCUAGGUAUAAGCUUCCCAACAGGCGAAACCGAGGAAAACGAAGGUCGGGCCCUGCCGGAUUACGAAGAAGAUCCUAA